GGAACGCGCAGACAGAGAGUGGGGCGGGGUUUGGCGCCCCUGGCUCGUUAGGUUCCGGGCAGCGGCAGCAGCGGUCUCCCUCCUGGCGCGCGGUCUCCCCGCGGGCGAGACACCUGCUGCGGAGAGCCGGCCCUGGAGCCAUCUGCCCGGAUCCUCGCGGGGCUGCAGCGGGCUCGAGCUCCCGGGAUCGCUGCCUCUCGGAGCCGCCGAUCUCUUUUUCCACCCUCCCCCCGGCAACAUGAGUGACGGGGCGGGGAGCGAGCGGCAGCUGCUGCCCCGGCUCUGCCGCCUGGAGAAGGGGCCGAACGGCUACGGCUUCCACCUGCACGGGGAGAAGGGCAAGGUGGGCCAGUUCAUCCGGCUGGUGGAGCCGGACUCCCCGGCCGAGACGUCGGGGCUGCGGGCCGGGGACCGGCUGGUGGAGGUGAACGGCGAGAACGUGGAGAAGGAGAGUCACCAGCAGGUCGUGAGCCGCAUCCGAGCCGCCGUGGGCGCCGUGCGCCUGCUGGUGGUGGACCCGGAGACGGACGAGCAACUGCAGAAGCUGGGCGUCCAGUGCCAAGAGGAGAUGAUCCACGGGCUGCCCGCCGCGGGGCAGGAGAAGCCGGAGGAGAAGAGUAACGAGGAGCCGCAGGAGGAGGCGCCGAGCGAGCAGGCGGAGAGGCCAGACAGGGAGGAGGAGAGCCAGCCUGCGGAGCGGAAAGAGCUGCGGCCUCGUCUCUGUCCGAUGAAGAAGGGCCCUAACGGCUAUGGAUUCAACCUCCACAGUGACAAAACCAAGCCGGGGCAAUACAUCCGGGCUGUGGAUCCAGACUCGCCGGCUGAAUUGUCAGGGCUACAUCCCCAAGACCGCAUCAUUGAGGUGAACGGACAGUGCAUGGAAGGGAAGCAGCACUCUGACGUGGUGACGGCCAUCAAAGCCGGGGGAGAUGAGACCAAGCUGCUGGUGGUGGAUAGUUUAACAGAUGAGUUCUUCAAGAAGUGCAAAGUUGUUCCCUCGGAGGAGCACUUGACAGGUCCCUUGCCAGAGCCAGUUGCCAACGGCGAAGUAGAGAAGGAGGACAGCAGAGAGCAGCGUCCAGAGUCUGUGUCUGAAAGUCCAUUGAGCCCCGGGCCAAUGGCUGUGUCCCCCUCUUUUAAAGAGAUCCACAAUGAGUCUGACUCUCAAGAGAAGGAGGAGGAGCAGAACUCCACGCCUGAUCCACUCCUGGACCUAAACGUUCCCCUAUCUGUGGCCAAGGAACGCGCGCACCAGAAGCGCACCAGCAAGAGGGCGCCGCAGAUGGACUGGAGCAAGAAAAAUGAACUGUUCAGCAAUCUCUGAAAGCCCCCCGGCAGAGGAGAGGAGAGGUAGCAACCUCUCCAGCGUCUGCCCCAAAUCUCCACCAGCAUCUCGCUUUCUCCCCAGUCUCCAGUUUCGCUAGGGAGCGGAGUCCUUUCCCCUACACUUGGAUUGCACAGUUUGGUUUUGUCUACUGUAAUCUAAAGGAAAAAAAGCACAAUGGCUCCUUUUGCAAGUUUCCAGAGCAGUGUUAACAUUCAGAGGAUGACGAGAUGUUUGUGUCUCAAUAGCUUAGGGUUCAUGUGUGGUAAGGGGUUGGACCAUUCCACGGGCCCAAAUCAAACCCCUAUGUGUUUGCAGUGGGCAUUGUGAAGCACCUUUCAUUCUCACUGGCUUUUUACUGAAAGCUUAAAUCCAUGUAAAUGCAGGGAAGACAUUCAGCAAUGACGUGGGAUUUUGAGUGCCUGACUUGAGACCCCUUAAAGGGGCCUAAUUCGAUGGUCAGUUCUUAAAGCAGCUUGGAUACAUUUUCAGGUGUCUCCAGCUGAGCACCCAAAAUCACUGGACAUAUCUGAAUAUCUCAGCCUUAGGCUUCAGUGUAUUUUAAGCUCCAGUUUGGCCAAGAACCAAACAACAUUCCUUCCAAGAGUUACUAUUUGUUUAGGGUUUUUUGUUAUUUUUUUACCUCUGACCUGGGGCUUCCGUCCACAGUGAUCCACCCCGCAUCAAAUCCCCUGGUCUGAAGGUACCCAGUGGGCACUGCCGUUGAAUCAGUUUAACCGAGCACUUGUGUGAAUGCUGUGAAACCCGUGUCCUGAACACGCCUCACAGAACCAUUUGUCCCAAGCCCACUGGAAGUGAACUUUCAAAGGAUCUAGCUCCCUAGAGUAGCUGAGAAGGGCUUCCCUUGCCAUGUUAUACCCAUGGGAUUUGUUCCU